AUGCCGCCGCCAUCGUCACGGCCCUGGGCGCUCAUCACGCCCGCCUCCCGCGGCAUCGGGCGCGCGCUCGCACGGCACGUGCUGUCGACGACGCGCGUGCCCGUCGUCGCGACGGCGCGGGGCGAUCAGGGCAACAUCGACGCGGCGCGGAAGGAGAUCCUGGCCGGCGUGGAGAGGAGGGACGAAGUGAAGGCCGAGGAGAGGCUGAAGGUGGUUGGGAUGGACUUUUUGGACGAAGACUCCAUCGCCACCGCCGCCGCAACCUGCAAGACGCACUUCCCACCACGCGACCACUGGCACCUCCACCUCGCCUUCUGCGUGCCAGGCCUGCUGUUUCCCGAGAAAGCGCCAUCGCAGAUCGACGCCGCCGACGCGCUGCUCACCUUCCGCACCAACGCCCUCGGCCCGCUGCUGGCCAUCAAGCACUUCUCGCCGUUCCUGCCGCGCAAGAGCACCAGAUUCCCCUCCUCCGACGGUGACGACACUUCUUCCUACGACGGCCUACCCAGCGACCAUGCCGUCUGGGCAACCAUGUCAGCGCGCGUCGGCAGCAUCGGCGACAACCGGCUGGGCGGGUGGUACUCGUACCGCGCGAGCAAAGCCGCCGUCAACCAGGCGACGAAGACGUUCGACAACCACCUGCGGACGAGCGCGGCGGGCAACGCCAUGGCCGUGGCGCUGCAUCCGGGGACGGUGAAGACGGGGCUGAGCGAGGAGUUUUGGGGGAAUGUGGCGGAAGGGAAGCUGUUUAGUCCGGAGUUUGCGAGUGAGAGGCUGGUGGAGGUGGUGAGGGGGUUGGGUGUGGAGAGGGGGCGUGGGAGGUGUUGGGAUUGGAGGGGGGAGGAGGUGUUGCCGUGA